GCAGACAUUCAGUUUCCGUUAUCGUCUUGAGCGCUUCGGUUGUGUGCUAUUAAUUAUACGCCGCGUUGUCCGUUGCAUACACUGCAUAAAGGAUUACCUCUGACCUAAUCUAAUCAUCUCAUUCUAACCAAGACAGACAAAAGAAGUUGAGGAUUUCUGCGAUCCAACGACCAGCAAUCAAUUUGACAAGGAGACAAUAACUUCACUUGAAAUUGUGCGAAUAACUCAAUUUGAAUGGCAGCAAACAAUGAAGAAGGCCGUGUAUUCGGCCCAACAAUGUUUGAUUUAAAUAAUUUUGAGGUGGAUUCCUUACGAAACAGAGUUCAUUGAUCGAAGAGUAAUUCUGGAAUAAUUAAUGCAGUUUGCAUAGAAUAGAUUAAAGUAAACAGAAUGACACUAAAGUGAUAGAAGUGAAUCAAAUUAGAAUUUGGUUACGUUCAUUUCCUUAGCACGGUGUUUUAUAUUCUUCAUGAGUGCACAUACAGUUGCGAUGAUGAUGCUACACCCCACACCCGACCAGCGCGUGAGCAUCCGCGAGGAGCUGCGUGAGCCGGAGGACCCCGCAGACAUUGAGCGCGACAUCAAGCUGAUUCGCGAGUGGCUGGAGACACAGCCGCACCUGCCCAAGGACAUGGACGACAUGCGCCUCACGACCUUCCUGCGCGGCUGCAAGUUCAGCCUGGAGAAGGUGAAGAAAAAGCUGGACAUGUACUACACCAUGCGCAACGCGGUGCCAGAGUUCUUCUCCAACCGGGACAUCAAUCGGGAGGAACUAAACAUCGUACUGGACUAUGUGCACUGCCCGACUCUCCCGGGGAUUACGCCCAAUGGACGCCGCAUCACGUUCAUCCGGGGUAUCGAUUGCGACUUCCAGCCCCACCACAUCCUGGACGCCAUGAAGGUGGCCCUGAUGAUCGGGGACGUGCGCCUGGCGGAGGAGAGCGUCGGCAUCGCCGGCGACAUCUUCAUCCUGGACGCGUCGGUGGCCAGCGCCGCCCACUUCGCCAAGUUCUCGCCCACCGUGGUGAAGAAGUUCCUGAUCGCCGUGCAAGAGGCCUAUCCCGUGAAGGUGAAGGAGGUGCAUGUGAUCAACAUCUCGCCGCUGGUGGACACUAUCUUCAACUUUGUGAAGCCGUUCGUGAAGGAGAAGAUCCGCAGCCGCAUAACCUUCCACAACGACGUGGAGAGUCUCUACAAGGUGGUGCCCCGUGACCUCCUGCCCAACGAGUACGGCGGCAAGGCCGGCGGCGUCGUCGAGCUGAACCAGUGGUGGAAGCAGAAGCUGGUCGACAACACCCAGUGGUUCAAGGACCAGGAGGACAAGAAGGCGAACGAGUCCCUUCGCCCCGGCGCUCCCAAGACCAGCGAUGACCUCUUCGGCAUGGAGGGCACCUUCCGGCAGCUGAACAUCGACUAGGCGUGAAAGGAGCCGCCAGGAUUCGGGAUUCAGCAUCCAAGAUCCUGAUCCUGCGACCUUAUCCCAGCUUGUCUAACCGUUAAUAUCAGCCGCUCAUUUGUUUAGUCCAAGCUCGUGUGCAUGACCCUUGCUUAGUUGCUUCAUUCUUUCGCCAGAACCCAUUGCUAAUCUAUCGUAUAUCACCAGUACAUUGCAGUAAUUACAAUAAUAAAGAACCAGCGUAUUAAG